GCUGGCGCGAUCGAGUGUGUCUGCAAGAAGAAUCUCUUUAACGUUUGAAAGUGUCGUGUUAAAACGUGCUUUACAUUUAGUGCUAUAUUUAAAUUAAAUUUAUCUCUUAAGGAUAAUUAACGCUGAAAGAAAUUGUAAUUGUUAAAUCAGUGCUAAGAUAAAUUUAUUUAAGUGUUUUAUCGCAAUGACUGGACAAGAGUGAUCCUACAAUCCAUCUCCAAGAUAAAAAAAAAGAUCAAUCACAGUGAUAAAGGAUACUCACAAUUCUUGAGGAAAAUCUUAGGAAUGAAGAAUCCACUGUUGUAAUGCAACAGACUUCGAGGGUUGCUCUAACAUUUGGAAUGUGUCCCAGCGAAAAUAAAAUAAAGACAGAGCUGCGAUCGUGCGCAGCAUGCGGUGAGCCUAUCUCGGACCGAUAUCUCCUGGAAGUCGGUGGCUGUACAUGGCAUGGAUCUUGUCUGAGGUGCUGUGUCUGUUUAUCACCUCUGGAUCGGCAACCGUCGUGUUUCUUGCGAGAGCGACAAGUUUAUUGUAAAGCUGAUUACACAAAGAAUUUCGGGGCGAAGUGUUCAAAGUGCUGCCGCGGGAUUUCCUCCUCGGACUGGGUGAGACGUGCCCGGGAGCUUGUGUUCCACCUAGCCUGCUUCGCCUGUGAUGCCUGCGGCCGACAACUGUCCACCGGUGAGCAGUUUGCCCUCCUGGACGAUCGGGUGCUCUGCAAGGCCCACUAUCUGGAAACUAUUGAGGGCGGAACGACCUCCAGUGAUGAUGGCUGCGAUCCGGAUGGUUACCACAAGAGCAAGGCUAAGAGGGUCAGGACAACCUUCACAGAGGAACAACUGCAAGUCCUCCAAGCGAAUUUCCAGAUCGACAGCAAUCCCGAUGGCCAGGACCUGGAGAGGAUUGCCUCCGUGACUGGACUGAGUAAGAGAGUGACCCAAGUUUGGUUCCAAAACUCUCGAGCGCGCCAGAAGAAGCACAUCCAUGCCGGAAAGGGAAAAAUGCAAAGAGAAAAUGACGGCAGCACUUUUGGACGUCACAUUAAUCUACAACUAACGUAUUCAUUCCAAAAUAACAAUAAUAAUUCGCAUAAUUCGUUACACAUGAACAACAACAAUAACAAUGUUAGCUCUAAUUGUAAACCAUCAAUUUUCACGCCACACGAUUCAUCAAUGGAUGAACUAUCACAAGACUCCAGCAUUCACUGCAUGCAGAGUGAGGUGUAAAUAUUCCAAAAUGGAAAAUGCUCCAAGCUCCCUACCGAUCCACAAUAGUCAUCCUCCAAAAAAGGACACCUCAAGAGAUUCCUUCUGUGCAAUAGAAUCCUUCAUUUCUCAUGCAUCAUUUGAAGAAGAAUGAUAAAAAAAAUGCCAAGAAGAAAUUUGUAAAUUAUUUAUUUUACUCACACAUUCCCCUUAAGGUUUAUUUAUUUCACCGAUAACUCCUCUCCAUUCCAGAAUGAUCUAGAAAUGCAUUAAAAUUGAGAAUAUCAAGUGGUGUUUAUAGAAAUGAAUGUGUACUCUUGUUCAUUAAAAAUUUAAAAAGAAAAGUAUUGCAGAAAUACGAGUUAAAGGAGAUUAGUUUUAUAAAGAUAUAGUUCAAUGUAAUAUGUAUAAUUUAAUUUUCAUAACUUAUAAUGUACCAUUGUAUAGAAGAAAUUAAUAAUAAACUGAAAUGAAAUGUGAUAAAUAAAU